AUGCAGCCUACGCUCUCUUCCUAUACUCUAGCACAGCCUAUCGGUCGGAACUCCCUCAUUUCAGCCAAACCAUGGCUUCCCAGAUUGAUCCAGACCCCUAUCAUGGACACAAUAACCAUGUCGCCUAUUUUGAUCGACACCGUCGAGUGCUUAGGACACAGUGAGAACUCUAUAAUACGACUUAAUCCUCAACCUCGUGUCAUUGUCUACCGCUCCCUAGGCCUUUGUGCAACACUUCUCCUUCACCUUUACGACAUCUGCGAAUGUGGCUACUCCUUGAAGAUAGAAAGUCCUUCUGCCGGAUCCGAAUCAUACUCAGCCAUCCAUGGCUGA